AUGGAAGGUAUAGAGCUGUCACCGAUAAACACCACACUGGACACGAGUGUUUAUGUUAAAGAAUACAACGCAGAAUUCAACAAGAAAGUUCUGCCGGUAAGCAUAGUGUUCGGACUAACGGCCAGUGUAGGAUUGAUCGCCAAUGCCCUCGUCAUGUACAUCUACGGUUUCCGCUACAAGCGCUGCAACUUCAAGUAUUUCUUCUUCACGCUCGGACUGAUUAACCUGCUGCAGUGCACCAUCAUGCUCCCGACGCAGAUAGGAAAGAGGCACUACUGGUUCAACUUUCCAACCUCCUGGCUUUGUCGCACCUCUGCCUACGUUUUCGGUUAUACAAUCAUUCACUGCUAUUUUGUUCUGUUCCUCAUUGCUUUGGACCGAUUCCGCAAGGUGUGCCGGCCAUACGACUGGCAAAUCCAGGCCAACACGGCUAGGAAUUUAAGUAUUAUCACUUCGAUUGCAUCGUUCAUUCUAGCAACGCCGCCUGGCGUUGUGAGUGGUCAUCAUUCUUUCCAGACAUCGUACAAAGACGUGAAUAUUACUGUGACAGUUUGCGCAACGGAUGACAUCCAUAACAACACAGAAUGGGCCGUGUAUUUCCUGCUUUUAUUGGAUGGACUUCCAGUCUCUGUAAUCAUUCUUGUCACUUUCCGGAACAUCGUCCGGGAAAUGCUCGUUAAGGACAAGGGGUCCAAUCAGGAGCAAAAGCUUGAAACGUGUGCAUGA